AUGAGGCAGGCCACGCUAAGCACUGCUAGUAAACCCAAACGGACACGAGCCAGCCGGCCCAAAGUGCGCACAGGCUGUGGGACAUGCAAGGUACGGCACAAGAAAUGCGACGAAUCACGCCCCUUUUGCGUCAUGUGCACCAGCACUGGGCGUAUAUGCGAUGGCUACCAGCGCGGGCCUGACAGGAGGACUCGCGAAUUUCGUACAGGCCGGGCAAAAGGCGGCGAAUCGCCAGUGGAGAAUGAUAAUGAGAGUGGCAAUGAGGCUGAAGUUGUUCUUAGCGAUGAAGCAUCAGACGAGACCGAACCGACUACAACCGAAACAAUCCCUCUGUUAACAAGGAGGAGGAGUAGGAGUUCACUGCAAUCAGAUAUAAUGCUAUCAGAUCCCCACCAGGCCAGCCUGACCGAGCGUGAACGUUGGUAUUUUGACUUCUUCGUCCGUCAAACCUCAUCGCAAUGCUCCGUGUUCUACGGUGAUGACUUUUGGCAGCAUGUGCUGCCCCAAUUCACCGAGUCCGAGCCCGAGGUUCGCCAUGCAGUCAUCGCCGUGGGUGCGCUGCAUCGCAACUUUGCAGAAAGCCGGACUGGCGAUCAAUUUCCGAUCAUGCAGUGCAAUCGCGCCAUUGCCAGUCUCCAACGCCGACUAGACGGUGACAAGGGAGCGCGGCCGCAUAUGGAAACAAUCCUCAUCACAUGUAUUCUCUUUGUUUCCUUCGCCUUUCUGUCCGGAGAUGCCUCAACAGCAUGUCGCUUGCUACGCGGUGGCUUCAAGUUGAUGAAAGAAUGGCAAAAGUCGACGUCGCGAGUUGAUUCUGCGAUUAAGAGGCUCUUAACAAAAGUCUUCUCUCGCAUGCAGAUUAAUUCGCUGACUUGCGGUAGUCCCGACGUCUCAGUUAACUCUGACACCAUGCUGCUUCUGCCCUACAGCCCGAGUCUCUUUGAAUCCAUUAAUAACCUCGAACAUGCAAGUGACUUGCUCUUUGAAAUUUGCAAGAUUGUCCUACAGGGUCGACAUACGCCACAUACAGCAGAGGGCUACAAAAUGGUUUCUGCUCUGAACGAGCUUCAACACUGGGAAGCGCAGCACCAUGCUUCCCUGGAAGGCCGAAGCGACCAUGUGUCCCUAAAGGAGUUUGGCACCCUAACGAUGCUUCGCAUGUGGACGGAGACUAUAUACAUAAUGGUUGCAGCAGAAUGGAUGGAAAGCCGACUGGAAUCGAGAUACGACAUCUUCCUGAGCCACUUCCGACGAACCAUCGGUCAUGCAAAAAAGCUGCUGUCCACGAAUUCACUUCGAUCACUCCUGCCCACUUUCCAUAUAGAACCGGGCAUCAUUCCGCCUCUCUUCCUGUGCGCGUUCAAAUGUCGCGAUUGGAAUCUGCGUCAGGACGUAAUAUCGUUAUUGGACGGCUGGCUGUGCCAGGAAGGCUACUGGAACAGUGCAGGGUCUGUGAAAUGCCUAGAGCAGAUUAUUCGGGUCGAGACAGCGGGACUGGCUCAUGGGGAAGUCAUCCCCGAGUCGCAGCGCAUUGUGACUGCACGUGUACAAUAUCUCUCACAGGCUAAUGCCUUUCGUUUCUUGUACUGUUUGUCUCAGAGUGAGAAACGCACUUGGCAGAGCGUGGUGGUUACUAGCUAA